GUGGAGCCAGAGCUGCUGGUCCGUGGCAUCAAUGCGGAUCGUAUCUCUACUUUCAUGGCCAAGAUACAGGCAACACAUAUGCUUCUCUUACAAAUUCGAGACGGCCAUGAAGAUGCAGGCUUCUGGACAGCAGCGGAUCUUCCAGGUUAUCCUCGACGUCAGUGGUCCGCAGAACAGCAAGCUGUACUGACCUGGGUCCAAGAAGGCUUAACCAUCAGCGAUGCCGCAGAAAGCCGCAACCGAAUUCUCCAAGUAUCAGGCUCACCCGGCACGGGUAAAACCGAAGUUGUCAUCGCAGCAGCCAAGCUCGCACUUGAUGACGAUUGCCGGGUGCUUAUUGCCGGACCUAUUGGACUGUUGGUCGCCAUGUAUCGCUUGCGACUCCCUGCCAAUGACCGCCUGACCAUGGAGACCAUCCAUUCUGCUUUCAAGCUCACUCGGCCUGCAGACGCCGCCUACAUCCCGCCAGGCAGACUCCGGCGCUACGACGUCAUCAUCUUUGACGAAGUUUCACAAAUAGACGGUCAAGUGUGGGACGACCUGAAGACAGCCCUCGCUGAGUUACAUCCCGGCCCGCUCGUCUUGUUCGUCGGCGACUUCCAGCAACUCCAACCCGUUCAUGGACCGCCGCAACUACAGCUGGAUCUGGAUGUUCAAGUAAGUGAGGGCACGGUGGACCGCAUCGAUCUCAAGAAUCACAACAUGGCGAGGUCUAUAGAUCCCGGCAUGCUGGCCUUCCUCCACCAGGUUCGGGAACGGCAGCCAAGCAGACGUGAGCUGCAGCAGUUCUUCGCCGGCAGAAUCUGGGGCCAAGCAGAAGCCACCGCCAGAGCAAAGGCAUGGGAAGACCAGACCGAGAAGAGCUUCACUUUCCUCACCGGCGCUACGCUCGAAGGAGUCGGAUUGUGGUUCGACCGACGCUUGCCCGACAGAGGGUAUGCGUAUGUCGGAGUAUCCCGUGCAAAGCUCCGGGACUCUGUCUUCCACGUAGGAAAACUGCGGCAGACAGACUGGCUGCCAGUAGGAGAACCGACAGAAGACGAGCAUACUCACUUGUCCAUUUUCAGUGAGUCUUCUAACAACGAAGAAGAAGAGUCGUCGGAACUGGAGUCGCAGAGUCCAGAACCUUCCUCCGGCGACUUCGACCGAUCCGCUGAUGAGUGA